UUUCUAUCUUUCACAGUUAAAAGGAAUAACUGAGGAGAAAACAAGCCAUGAAGACAUUGGUGGUUGCCAUUGGAGGUGUAACAAAUGGAGGGAAAACAACACUGGCAGAAAAGCUGAGGCAUAUGCUUCCCAAGUGUCAUGUAAUCUUUCAAGAUGACUUCUUUAAGCCAGAGUAUGAAGUAGAAACAGAUGAACGUGGAUUUAAGCUAUAUGAUGAGCUUGAUGCCCUUUAUAUGGAUGAUUUGGUGAAAAGUGUUCAUGAUUGGAUUAAGUGCCCAGCAACCUCAGUUGUAAGAGAUGUGCCUCAGAAUACACGUAACAAUCUGCAAAAUACAGAUGAUGUUUACAUUUUGAUUGUUGAAGGCUUUCUGCUAUACAAUUAUGCGCCACUUAAUGAACUGUGGAACAAAAGAUUUUUUUUGACCCUUCCUUAUGAAGAGUGCAAAAGGAGAAGAAGAGUGAAUAUGCAUGAACGAGUGAACAGAACGGAGAGGCAGUUUAAAUCUCUCCCAGCCAACCAACAGAAUCUUCUUCCUCAAUUCCUUCCUCACCUUGACAAGAUUCGGAAGUGCAUUGAUCAUAAUCAAGAGAUACUACAGACCAUUGUGAAUGACUGCGCUCGUAUUUUUGAAAAUAAAGAAUAUGGAGAAGAUGGUAGAGGAAAGAUUACACCAGCUUCAACAUUUGACAUGGACAAAUUAAAAUCCACUUUGAAACAAUUUGUGAGAGACUGGAGUGAAGAGGGGAAGCCUGAGAGAGAUUCCUGCUAUCAGCCAAUCAUUAAUGAAAUUGUAAAGAACUUUCCAAAAGAAAGAUGGGAUUUCUCCAAAGUUAAUAUCCUGGUACCUGGUGCUGGGCUAGGUAGAUUGGCGUGGGAAAUAGCUAUGCUCGGUUAUGCAUGCCAAGGAAAUGAAUGGAGCCUCUUUAUGCUCUUUUCUUCUAACUUUGUACUCAACAGAUGCUCUGAAAUUAACUCAUGUAAGCUUUAUCCCUGGAUUCAUCAGUUCAGCAAUAACAGAAGAUCUGCUGAUCAGAUACGCCCAAUUUAUUUCCCUGAUGUCGAUCCUCACAGUCUUCCUUCUGGUUCAAACUUCUCUAUGACAGCAGGGGAUUUCCAAGAAAUUUAUUCUGAGUGCAAUACAUGGGACUGCAUAGCAACUUGUUUCUUCAUAGAUACAGCACAUAAUGUUAUUGAUUAUAUUGACACUAUAUGGAAAAUACUGAAGCCUGGAGGAAUAUGGAUAAAUGUAGGUCCUCUCCUUUACCAUUUUGAAAACUUGGGAAAUGAACUUUCUAUAGAAUUAAGCUAUGAGGAUAUAAAAAAUGUUAUACUGCAAUAUGGAUUCCAUAUAGAGAUGGAGAAAGAAUCUGUACUGUCAACUUACACUGUGAAUGAACUCUCCAUGAUGAAAUACUACUAUGAAUGUGUGUUGUUUGUGGUGAGAAAACCAGAAUAGAAGUGGUCUAAAUAGAAUCAUAGGAAAAAAAUGUUGGCUUGAAAGGUAGAAAUGAGAAUAAAAUGGACUGAGUGAUGUCUGGACACAACCUCAAAUCAGUGGUGCCUUCAUAUUCCUAAUAGGAUUUAGAUAGUGUCUAUUUUCUUAAUAUUUGUGUUGCUAUCCAGACAUGUACUAUGACAUGCAUAUUUGUAAUAUACUUGUGAAAACAGAGGAGAUGUUCACAUACACUGUAUUUGCGCUUUGGAAUGCAUUAAAGAUCAAAAACAUUGAGAAUAAAAUGUCAUGUUUACCAUAAUCAGGCUAAUUCUCUGCAUAGGCUGCCUCAUUUUUCAUAGAUACUUAAUUACUGCCUUUUUUCUACAUUGUGAUGUUAGGAAUGCAUAGAAGUACUUCCUGUACUACCUGUGUCACAUUUAGAGAAGUAUUUCUAAACAUAUACUUAAAUUAUAAAGUUUGAAAUGGUUGGAAAAGUGUAAAAUUGUUGAUAGAUAUGAUAGCCAUCAGAACUUUUACAGGAUUUCCUGUAAAACUACUAAAGUAGAUUAUUAUACAAAUUCUACUCUUCGUACUACUGUUAACAAUUUAAUCAAAAGUUUGAACCCAUAUGCAAUUUAAAAUAUGUGAAAGCAGAGCACUGCAUUAAGAAACAACAGCAUGUCACAAAGAAGUAUUUUAGCUUCAGUUCACAAAUAACACCGACUUUGAUUAAUCUGGUAGUGUUGACACUGAAAUAUUAGAUGUUUUGCCAUCUAAAAAUAUGGUGAUUUUUGAGUCACCUACUGACUCGCUCAAGACAGAGUGAAGCAGUUAUUUUUUCUUAAACAUAAUAAAGUCAUGUUAUACCCUGAGCUCUUUUAAAAAAAGUUGACAACAUAGCUGAGUUACCCAUUCCAUGUAUAGGUAUGCAACAGGAAAAGCCGUGUUCCUCAAAGAGGAAAAAUAAAGUUAGAUGUAAAGAAUAUGCACUGUAACUUAAUCAUCUCUCCUGAAGUCAGCACAUGCAGGCCAAUUGGUAGACAGUUCCUUGUAACUUCAGGCACUUUACCCUUGUGACUUAGUGACUUCUUGGUUCCUUAUCCUAAUGUUGGGUUUUUUUCCUGGUACAGGUAGUUUAGGUGAAUAUUUACAAGCUGUGAUGCUAUACAGGAGGCUGAAUCACUUAGAAGGUAGAUACAUGAGAAAACAUUGAGGGAAGGCAUCAUGUUAGCUAUCUCUUAAUAUAUUGGUUACUCUAUCAUUUUGUCAAUUUUCAGAAAUUCCUUUGAAGUAUAGAAAUUUCUAUAUAAAAUUUCCUUAAAAAUAAGAAAUCCAAGGGGCUCUUCUUACUUGGUCAUAAUAACAUGGAACAAUACCUUUUUAUUUCUUAUUAUUUCUCUCCCCUUUUUUUCGUGGUGAUGUCCUAAUCACAUCACUUUUAAUAGCUCUGUUAGUGGCUUUUGGAUUUUUUUCCCAGUAAGGCAAGAAACUUAUGCCCCUAUUACUAAACUAAAAAAAUCUGCAAGGAAGAAACACUUCUAUUACCAUUUCAGCACUGCACAAGGCCACGUGCCUGAGUAUGAGUAGUAGUGUGCCCCUUUCUGUUCAGGAUCCUUAUUGAGAAUAAACACUUGUGAUCUACAGAAGUUCUUAAUUAGGAUUUUGCUUAAACUAUUAUCUUAUUUGAACACUUAAAAAUGAUUUCAAGUUGCUUUAAUUUCCUUACUAUUUCAUUAGCUCUUGAGGGACUUUGUGAUUCUUCGAUUUAAUUCUGAUUUUUUUUUUCACCUUAGUUAGACUUGCCAUAUUUUACUGAUUUUUUUUUUCAAACUCCUUAAAAUAGGACAAGAUUAACUGAAUGCUGAUUAUGCUGGUGGCAGUAUUGCCCAAUUUCUGCCUCCUACUUAGGCUGUAGUUACACUUGAAGCCUAGUAGUCUUGUUUUGCAUAAUGGGCCACUCAACUCUUGCUUUCUGCUUGAAUGUCACUAUCUUCAGUUCUGAUGGCUUUGUUCUUUGCCACCGCACCUUCUUUUUUUUUCCCCAAAAUGUUUUUACUUACUUUUACCAGGUAUACAGUGAUACUUCUGUUUCUACUCUUAAAAAUGUCAGCUUUCCCGAAUCUUUACAGUAGUACCAGUCGCAUUAAGAGCUGGAAGCUUGUAAGUUCUAUGAGUUAGUAGUGUUAUGCCUGCAGCUGUAUUUGAGUUCUUAAAAUGCAUCACUUUUAUGCAUGGGGAUAAUUGUGUAUUACUGAAUGUGGUAACAUUCUUCUUUUCAGUUGUAUACAUGGAGUGGGGGGGGAUAGAUGCUUGAGGUGUUCAUCAGCUGAAGCCAAGACCAUUUACUUAUGUCACUCUUAAACUGUACAUGGUAUCAGGUGUAAAAUAAAAUGCUGCAUAAUCCUCACUGUUAUACUUCUUCAUAUGGAAUAAGUUUGACCAAUGUAAAGCGUCCUGUAUUUUUAUUUAUGUGUAGAUCACACUAAAAUCAGUUAAGGAGGUAAGAAUAGGAGGUUGCCCGCGGUUUUCAGCAUGUGUAACAGACUUGAUUUUUCUGGGAUAUUAAAGUUUGCAGUAUGAAGUGA